GUAUAUUUGACAGAUAUAGAAAAAGAUACUUCAGAAAAGAUAGGAGCAGAAGAGAAAAGAGAUCGUACGCAAGCUGUAUUAACAUAAUAAUUACACAAUGGAUCUCAAUGUGACGUUCUAAUAUUAUCAGAGAGACUAUCACGAGAUCUUUAAGCCACUGUCUUCCAUCCACCAACUCCGAAACAUCUUCACUGAAAUGUCAAAUGCAAAAGAAAAGAAGAAGGCCAGGAAAAUGAAAAAUCAGCCAACCAGUGUGACUUUUCCCUCUGAUGGUGGGCCUACUCCCCGCGAGAUAUGGCGUCAGAAUGGAGGCGAAGGAACUCACCAGCGCAGGAAACAAGAAUUGCGUCCUGAAACCUCACGAGGGUUUGCUCAUCAAAGCGUUUCCCAUGGAAUGCCUAAAUAUUUAACAGUCUCUCCUUUUGUUCGAGCUCGUGCUGCUGAAAUGAAGGCCAUGCUGAAGGCAGCUGCGCAGAAGUCUUCCAACACUUUAGUGUUUCAGUCUCUGCCGAGGCACAUGAGAAGGCGGGCAAUGAGCCACAAUAUCAAGCGCCUGCCCAGGCGGCUCCGUGAACUUGCCAAAGCAGAGGUAGAGAAACCUGAACAUCAGAAAAAAGAACUCCCAAAAAGCAAGUGUCGUAAAGCCAGGCGACGUCAUAUAAACUUGGUGGCCGAGUUCAAUCGCAGACAGAAGAAAAACAUCUGGCUGGAAACACACAUCUGGCAUGCGAAACGAUUUCACAUGGUGAAGAAAUGGGGUUACUGCUUAGGAGACAGGCCCACAACCAAGUGCUAUCGGGCCUGCUACCGAGCCAUGGCGAACCACUGCCUGCUUCAGGAUUUAUCAUACUACUGUUGCCUGGAGUUGGUAGGAAAAGAGGAAGCACUCCUAACAGCCCUUGCUCGAAUGUGCAAUGUAGAUACAGGGCCAACAUUUGCAGCUAUUCCUUGCUUAGCUGGGAGGCGCCAGGGCGCUCUCACUUUGUACCGAAAAGAUCAGUACCCUGAAGGCACUCUUGGUCCGGUUACAUUUCUUUGGAAGGCCAGAAAUGCAUCCAACAGUGAUUCUGCUGUCCGUCAGUUGUGGAUAUGGACACAUCCGACCUUUAAGGAGGACAUUCUGGCUGAGCUGAAAACACUCUGCCGUUGUACUGAGCCCUUGGAACUGUGUAACCCCAAACCUGCUCUGACGUUGCCCCAAGAAGAAAACAAAACUGAUGUAGCUGAAGAAACUGGCAAAAAAAGAAAGAGGAAAGAUGAAGAAAUGGUUGUCCCUGUGAAAAAAAUUAUUGGUGAUGGAACCAGAGACCCCUGUCAGCCAUAUUGCUGGAUAUCUCAAACUACUGGGAUAGUGAUCAGUGACUUGACCAUGGAGAUCCUCCGAUAUAGACUGGUUGGUCCUCUCUCAACCUGUGUCCUUACAGAGGCACUCAAAGCUGCUGCCAUCCAUACUGACCUGGAUACUACAGAUUCUGAAAUUAACAGUUGGUGGGCAGAAAAUUGCAGAAAUCCUGAUCAGGUGGCUCUUCAUCAUCGUCAAGAAGCCAUCUUUGAUCUUUUGCAAGGGUUAAGUUCCUCAGACAUUCCGUCAGGUACUGUAUUGGGUUUGACUGUUGGGGAUCCGCGAGUGAAUUUGCCGAAAAAGAGGUCAAAAGCCAUGCCAAAUCCAGAAAAAUAUCAAGAUGGUGAGAAAAUUAGACAGUUGACCUUAGGAGGUGUCUCUGCAGAGUGCGCGCAGAGUUUUCUCUGGGACCGGAACGUUUGUAACAGUGUCACAGAAAAUAAAAUGCCAGAACAGAACCUAAAUAGUUUGAGAAGUAAACUCUUGGUACCCGGAUCAUAUCUUGACUUGGGCCCACAAGAAUCCAAGAUUCCUAUACUUCUGAUUCAGCAGCCUGGAAAAAUAGCUGGAGAAGAUCGACCAGGUUGGGGAAGUGGCUGGGAUAUUUUGCUGCCCAAAGGUUGGGGCAUGGCUUUCUGGCUUCCUCUUAUCUAUCGAGGUGCCCGAGUGGGUGGCUUGCAGGAGAGUCUGAAACAUUCUCUGUAUAAGAGAACUCCUCAUGCUCCCAAUGAUUACCCAGACUGUCCUGCGGGUGUCCAGUUUGCCAGAGAAGAAGAGAGGUAUCUUCUUGACAAAUUUAAGAGGCAUCCUCCUGCGAAAAGACCAAAUUACAUUAAACAUGGGACCCUGGCACCAUUUUUCUGUCCCUGGGAGCAGCUGACACUGGAUUGGAAGGUUCGGAAUGAAGCUGGUCAGGAAGAUGAGAACUCGUCCGUCCUAGAUGUUGAGGACAUGGCUGCCGAGAAGGAUGCUUCUUGUGGCCCCAGAGUGUUUGUACCAGAGUCUUCCGUAACAGGCCAGUUAAGGAAGGAAAUGGAUGCCUCCUUCCAAAGCAGCAUGCAGACAGAAGAUGUGACUGACAUGACAGAUCUAUGUAAGAAAGAUGAAGCUUCUUCAAACGAUGCCUUUUGUGUCCUCAGGAACAGGAAAACAUUACGGCAGGUAUCAGCCUGGUGUCAGCCUGUGCAUGUGAAAACUCGGAGAAUCAGGCGCCGUGCAUCCAAGUUGGAUCAACAGGAAUUGUCUGAAGAAGCCGUCUUGCCUGUUGUUCGGUGCUUUCCUAGGGCACUGAUCUGGGUCUGCUUGACCCUUCUUAAAAAAGGUAGCCCUGAAUUGCACACCAUGGUCUGCAUCCCUUCAAAAGAAGAUCUGCUUCAGCUCAGUAAAGAUCAAAACUUCUGCGGCCCUCAGGAACCUAAACAUAGUGAUGUCUUCAAGAAAAAGGUUUUAAAGCAAAAGGAGAUGAAAAAGAGGGAGAAGACUGGGCAGGCAGCCCAAGUUAGCACAUCAAGUGCCUUGCAUGUAACCAAGCAAGAAGAUCUAACUCUGGGUUUAUGGCCUGACUCGCUGCCAGAUGUAACAUCCCACUGUUCCAGAAUUCUCUUGGGGUUUGUCACUCAGGGGGAUUUCUCGUUGGCCUUUGGCUGUGGAGAGGCUCUAGGAUUUGUCAGUCUGACAGGACUACUGCAGAUGUUGCUGGAUCAGCCAGAAGAACAAAAAGGGCUUGUUUUGUUAAGAAAUCCAUCCUCACUUCAGUAUAGAUUUGCUAGACUUACUGUUGAAGUUUAACUUUGCUUGGAACUCUCUGCUACCAAGGAGUCUGUUCUGUGAAAACAUAUGGCUUCUUCACCUAGACCAGGCGUCUGCAACCUGUGGCUCUCCAGAUGUUCAUGGACUACAAUUCCCAUCAGCCCCUGCCAGCAUGGCCAAUUGGACAUGCUGGCAGGUGCUGAUGGGAUUUGUAGUCUAUGAACAUCUGGAGACCCACAGGUUGCAGACCCCUGACCUAGAUGCAACGCUUCCCCCCAAGUAUAUCUCACUUUUGUCCAUAUGCAGUUUGAAAUAGACUUGACAGUAAACUGAAAAUUUGUCUGUACCAUGUGACAUCAGUGUAAAAGCCAUGUUGCUUAGAAUUUUUAUGUGCAUUCUUACAACAAAAACACGCAGCCAAUUUUUUUGUGACAAACUUUCAUUUUAAUUGACAAAUGUUUUGCCUUGGUGAAGGAACUGCUCUCCUUUUCUUGUGCAGCUGAAACCAGACACAUAAAAAUUAGCUUUUUCUCACUGCUGUGUAUCGAUGAGGCAAACUAGUUUGAGCCCCUGUGUACAGCAAAUGGGCUGUUUGAAUCUGCUGCUUUUUGUGACCGAGCUACGUACAAAACGAUACCCACUUUCAUGCAUUUCCCCCUUUCUGUUCAGAAACAGUGCAUUUUGUCUGAACUUGCUGUAAGAGUGGGAUGCUCUGUGGUUAAAAGCUGUUAAAAGCCAAUUGUAAUGAGGGCUGGCCUUCACUCUUCUGAAUGUAGCCUGCAUUGUUUUCUGCUUUGGAGACGAGUCUUCAGCGUUGUUGGUAAAAGCUGGACGAUUUGCCUUUUUAAAUCAUACAGUAUGUUGUGAUGGGAAUGUGAAAUUAUGACUUUUUUACAUGGGUGUACACUGUUCCAAUCAAUAAGCACCUGCAUAUAGUUUCAGAAAGCAAUAAACUUCCUCACAGUAUAAAA